AUGGUGAAAGAUAACACACUAAGGCUCGGAUGCUGGAAUGUAAGAUCAUUUAACUCGAAAGACCAAGAAGUUAUAUUGGAGCUCCAUCAUCACAAUAUAGAUCUAUGCGCCAUAUCUGAAACGGAAAAGAAAGGCAAGGGUACAUCUCAGUACGGCGAGUACACAAUGUUUUAUUCCGGCAAGUCGAAGGAAGUUAGAGCAGCAUCUGGUGUGGGAUUUAUAAUCAAACGAGGAGGAUAUCUGAACAGCAUAACCGGCGUCAAAUAUCGGAGCGACAGAAUACUGCAGGUCAGUAUGAAGACAGACAAGGAGAAAAUGAAUAUUAUAUCACUAUAUGUUCCGGAUUCUGGAAGACCAACACAAGAACUGGAGGAAUUCUACGAUCACCUGCAGUCUACCGUGGAUGAUAUACCCAAAGGGGAGAAAAUCAUCAUGAUCUAA